UCAAUUUUGGUGGUGUAGCGAGACCGGUUGAAGACCGCAGCGCUCAAUAAACGAGAAUGUUUUACCCGUGAAUAACUGGAAUGCAAAAUAUGUGGGGAGAUUAGUUUGAGAUUAGCGAGACCGGCUGAUGACCGUAGCGCCCAAUUCAGACAUCGGUUGAUGACCGAUGAAGCAAGAUGCCAAAUGUAUUGAAGAACACAACAACUAGCCCUACCAAGCCUAGAGGAUGUAACGCGAGUCCGGUUGACGACCGAAGCGCGACAAAGUGUGCAAAACAAAAAAAAAACGGAAUGUGAAGCUAAAGUGUUUUCAAAGCAAGCGUAACGAACUUAUCACGUGAAAAUGUGACUAACUCCAUCAAGAAAAUAGAAAUAGUGUAGUUUUCACAAGAUUGGAUGUAAUAUGGAUUCUGACAAGGAUUGGCCACUGGAGCCGUUCAACGAUUCUGUUGGACCUUCUGAUCUGCGUCGUGAAUGGGAAGAAUGGUUCAGAGCAUUUGAACUAAUUGCAGAGCUUAGAAAAAUCGAAGUACAGCAUGACAAAUUCAUACUACUGCUGGCAAGGGGCGGUAGAGGCCUUCAACGCAUUUACUACAAUUUGCGGCCGGUGGCUGGAGAAGUAUACCCAGAGUCGGUGAAAAUCCCUUUGAUGCCGAUUGAGACACCCGAAUACGAUAAUGCGGUGAAACGACUGAGCAAUUUCUUUAUCGGAAAGCGUAACGAGCGCGUCGAAUUGGAAGUGUUCCGCUCGUUGAGACAAACGUCCGAGGAGUCUUUCAGUCACUUCAUCCUGAAGCUACGCACGCAAGCCACGCGUUGUGAUUUUAGAUCUCGCGAGGAGAUCGAAAUUUUGCAUCAGGUAGCUAUGGGUGCUCGCGACGAAAGAGUCAGAGACAAAGGACUAGAGAAUACUAUGAGUUUGGAUGACUUGACCAAUUACGCCGUGAACAGGGAAACGCUUAUGAAGCAGAAGGAAAAAGUACGGCAAUUCAAGGAAAAUGAAUCAGCCGGGACAAUAGCUACGGUCAAACAGGAUUGGGGAAAGAAACCAACAACGACGAAUACUGGACCAGAGCGGCGCUGGGACCCAAGUAAGCACAAUGAAACUGAGUGUUCGAAUUGCGGAUCAUGGAAGCACCGAAAGGAUUCGCGGGAAUGCUCUGCUAGAGCUUGUAGAUGCAACAGCUGCGGACGCAUGGGACAUUAUGCGAGAAAGUGCAGAUCAAGAAGAAACACCGGUGCAAGGAGUUUCGGAUACACAAAGCGCAAAUUUGGUGAAGCCAACUCACUCCGGGAGAACCGUGACCGCUACCCCGAUGAACCUGAUCAAGGAUCAUCUCGUCGAUAUCCACCGGAGACAUUGAAGGUAGAAUAAUUAUAUCACCAUUUCCUUUUGAAAUUUAAUUCAAUAUCUUCAUUGAUAACAUGACAUAUAUACACUGGCCGGCAUAAUAAAGUGCCCACUUGCCGUUUUUCAUACAAAAUGGUCAACUUUGGAGCUCUAGAUCUUGGGUUCCCGUGAACCGAUUUGGCUGAAAAUUUUACCAGAGCUCAGAUAUAACUUGAAUUUUAACAUAUCUAUGUUUCGAGCAUAUUGACUCACAGGGUUAAAAAUUAUUGCGGUAAUACCAACGUGAAUUUUUUGGCAAAAAAUUGUUUUUCAAAUACCUCGAAAACUACAUCUCUAAGUGUACAGGUAU